CCAACAAAUUCAGUGUGUUUCUUAAUCACGAAAGAUUUUUUCUAAGGAAGCAAAAGGAUCAUAGCUAAGUCUGACAUACGCAUGUUUCAUGAUAAGAAACGAUAGGUGUUUGACCGUCAAGCGAAGAAAUUAUAAUUUAAUUGUAGUUAGUGAUAUCGUUGAAGAAUUAGGGGUUAUGAAAUUAAAUCAAAUUAUAAUCUGUAACCCGUUUUCUGUAUAGUGAUUCAAGUAGAAAUUGAAAAUCAGGAAUAUCCGAAUUCAUUUCUGUACUUUACAAUUUUAUUCUCUUACUAUGUAUACUUUCAAUUUAAUGAAACUUAUAUUUUAAUAAGUUUUUUAUUUUAUUAUUUUAUUUUACAAAGUACAAUUAUAAAUAUUUCGCGCUAACAGCGCAUCAAAUCGUGAAACAAAAAUCGGAGCGGCAGAGUUUAAAUGAGAGUUCAAAUGCGGCAUCUUUUUAGUUCUCGUGCUAGAAAUCAAAAUUUACUAUUAUUGAAUUAUCGAACAGUAGAAAAAGAUAUACUAUAAAUUUAUUUUGUAUCAAAAAUUUAUUGUUGAUUUAUUUAGUCAACCAAUGUUGUACAUUUCCAAUGUAUUCUGAGUCCUUAAAAAGUAUCUCCAGACAAAUGUAUCAAAAAAUAGUCAGUCUGGAUGAUCAUGGACGUUGACUACACAGUAGUCAGUUUAAAACGAUCUAAUAGUGCACCCAUGAUCAAUAAGAUCACUGCAACAAUGUCUGUAACAUCACCUUCUGCUUCGGCACCAAGGAAUGUUCCUUCAAAUUUUAACAUAUUUUCAAAUUCACCUCGCAUACGACGCUUUAGCACUAGUAAUUCUGGAACUGUUCCUAGAUUAACACCACGUGUAAGUCAAUUGAGACAAGAAGAAUGUAUUGAUGUUGCUGGCCGUGAAGCAGCACAUGAAAAAGAAAUACAUAGUGCCAUGCAGAUCUCUCAAUCAUGGGAAGAUCUUACUAUAGAAGCUGAAGGAUUGUCUUUUAAAGAUUCAGAAUCAGCUUCAUUGCAAUUUAAAAUAGAAUCACGACCAAUUACUAAACGAAUUCUUGAUCCAUUGAGCAUCAAUUUAUCUGUAAGUGGUUCAACUAUGUAUUCUUCACCAUCACCAACAAGAACUGGUUUUGGUCAAAGACAAUGCUAUUCACCUGGUGUUCAUGCAGCUACAUGGAAGAAUAAUUUAUCACCUAGUCCCACUAGAAAAGCUUUUGCUACAAGACGAAGUCUAAGUCCUAUUGCAAUACGACCAAGUUGUUUGGCAUCAGUUAAGAGAAAAUUUGAAUUAGAUGAUUCUGGAAUGGAUCAAUUACAGCCUCCUGCAAAACGUAUCUCUGGUUUGUUAACUUCUGCUGCAUCUAGAUUGGAUGUGGCAAUAUCUAGUCUACAUCCAGGAACUAUUAGUUCAGCUGGAACUCCAGAAUCUUGUUCCAGUCUCGAUUCCCUUGGUUUUUCUUUCCGACCUGUGCAUAGUCCGUCACCCGGUCCAGGUGUUUCUUCAAUUGUUAAUGAUGAUCCAUCUUCCUCAUCAUCUUCGUCUUCCUCAUCUUCUUCCAUUAUCUCUUCUUGCACUACUAUUUCAUCAGAGGGAUCAAACAUACAAGCCAAAACUUUUAAGGAUAUACAAGAUAAACUGACUUCACAAGAAAAUAAUGAAUAAAAGAGUAUCCAAAAUAGAUUACUCUAAAAGAAGAACAUGUAUCAUUAUGACGAUAAACUUAUUCUUGUAAUACAAAUAAUAGUAAAAAUAAUCAUUAGAACGACUAAAUUUACAUAUUAAAUUUAUCGAUAGGUCGUUUUUUCACAUUUAAUAUCUAUUUUUCAUUCGGAUCAUUUCUAUUUAUUAAUUUUGCAUUGUAUAAAUUGUUAAAAUAUGAAUUAGUUGCAUAAGUGAUGCUUUCAUUUUUGUUAAAGUAUUUUUAAUAUUUAUAUCGUCAAAUUAAAUUGAAAUGAUAAAAUACAUAUAUAGAUACAUACAUAUGUGUAAUAUAAACGCAGUUCUAAGACCAAAGCGAAUUAUUUAGGAAAAUAUGCGUGCUUCCUACCUUUAAGACUGAAUUCUGCGUUUUCUAAAUACAUCGAAUCCAAAAGCUUUUUUUGCUUAAAAAGGAUACAUAUAUAUAAUAUUAGUUAUUAUUUUUAUGACACUUAAGCAUAUAUCAUUACAAUUGAGACUUUCUUGUCAAUGAACAACUUCGUUAAUGUAUCCUUUAUGCGAUUCUUUUUUUUCAAAAUAAGUAGAUAAAUAAGCAUAAGUAUAGUGUACAUCAAUAAUUCGUGCAUUAAUAGUAUUAUUGAUUCUAUGAAUCUCCAAUCCUGUAUAGUGUGUAAAUAAACUACCCAUAGCAUGUACUUUUAUUCUAUGUAUACAAUAUUUCUGAGAAUGAGUAAUGUACAAGAUGAAAAAGUACUUUUUGGGCGAAAUAAAUAUGAAAAAUCAAAUAAAA